GCCGCGCCGCGCCGCGCGGUGCCUUCGGCGCGCGUCUAGAUACGCGCGUCUCGACGACCGGCGUCUCAGUGUCGUCGCGACGACCGACGUCGAGCCCGUCGUUCCGGCGUCGACGGUCCUGCCUCGCGGGUUUUAUGUCUCGCGUCGAUCCGAGCCUCGUUUCUCGAUCAUCUCUCGCUCCAACCGCCCCCGAAACGGUUCUAUUGUGGAUCGCGCGCGUCGCCUAAAUCCUCGCCUCGAGUAGCCUCGUUGAUCCUGCGUAGAAUCUGCGUAGAUCCUACGUAGAUCCAGCGCCCUUCGGCCGCGUCCGACCGUCCGGUAUUUCCGCGUGGAACGUUUUCCGCGCUCGAGUUUUCCCCGAAAGGUGAAGGAUCGAGGAGUAACGGGGCACUAUCGAGGCAAAAGCAACGGUACACACAGUGCGCGCUCGAUCGCCGUGAACCGAUCGAGUGAACCCAUUGGCAGCCUACCAGAUCCUUGGAUCGAGUGGAUCAGUGUCGAGGCCCCGCGAUCAACUCGCCCCUGUGAAUCCGGACGAUCGAAUCAGUGGAGAAACCGCGAGCUAGUCGGAUCCCGGGACUAGCGCAGCUCGGAUCGCCGCUCCUGCGAAGGAUCAGCUGAUCGACGGACCGCCGUCGAUCCCGCGAUAUCGAUCCUGCCGCGAUCUCGCUCCUCCCGAAACCAGAAAAUCGUUUGGACGCGUCUAGAUCCCGUUUAUGUUCGGACCUUAGAGACGAGGUCGUUUUCUCGGGAAACAGAGCUGGUACGCGUCGACGGAACAUCAGAGGAUUAGUAGCCACCUGGAAACACCUCGAGAACGACGCGAUAAGACCAGAGGAAGAGCUAAGGUAGGAAGACAGGAGGGCCCAACGCUCCGGAAGACUAAUAAGACCGGAGGAGACAGAACUCUCGAAGAAGGAUAAUCAAUUGGACCGGAGAGGAGCUACGGCGGACCUUAACUCGGAUCUCGGGAGAGGGUGGACAAAGAGGAGGAUUCCGGCGGAGAUAGUUCGGAGGAGGUUUCGGAGACCGGCUGCCGGUCGGUUUUCGCCUAAUCGAGACGAAAAAGGGGCCGGGAAGAGGGACGCGGAGCGUUGGUGCAGAUGAGGCCACGAUCAAUCUGCGACAGGGUGGCGGAGGAGUAUUGCGACCCUGACGGUUGUUACUGCGAGAAUCGGUGCUUCUGACAGCCGGACGGCAGGAGGGACAGACAGACGGUAGUGUGCCACAGCAGCCGCAGUGCUUGCGAAUACUCGAUGGAUGAGUUCCAUCCAUUCAUUGAGGCCCUCCUACCAUUCGUGAAGUCUUUCUCGUACACGUGGUUCAACCUACAAGCCGCCAAGAGGCGUUACUACAAGAAGCACGAGAAGCGGAUGAGUCUCGAAGAGGAACGUCAGUGCAAGGAGGAACUCCAGAACGAGAAGCUGGAGGUGAAACAGAAAUGGGCCUCGCGGCUUCUAGGCAAGUUACGAAAGGAUAUCACGCAGGAGUACAGGGAGGACUUCGUGUUGAGUAUCACGGGGAAGAGGCCAGCCAUGUGUGUUCUCAGUAAUCCUGACCAGAAGGGCAAGAUGCGUCGGAUCGAUUGCCUGCGUCAGGCCGACAAGGUAUGGAGGUUGGACCUGGUGAUGGUGAUCCUCUUCAAGGCAAUUCCGUUGGAGUCGACGGACGGGGAACGGCUUGAGAAGACUGCGGAAUGCGCUCAGCCGGGCCUCUGCGUCAACCCCUAUCACAUCAACGUCUCCGUCCGGGAACUCGAUCUCUACCUCGCCAAUUUUAUCACCAGCCACGAGGUCCUAAACGGCAUCUGCAACGCGAGCAAGGAGGAAGAGAGGCGGCGAAAAGGUGCAGGCUACCACGAACUAUAUAACGGUGUUGUCUGCAAUGACACGAUCCUUGCGACAGGUGUCUUCAGCUCGAAGGAGCUCUGGAUGCUUUCAAAAGCGUCCAUACUGCAUGACCUCAGCGACAUGCAGCCUCAAAUAAACGCGAUCAAAAUAGAGCACCCGCCGUACUACUGCAGCAGCUACACCCCUCCGUCCGCAGCCACGGCCGCGGAUCAUGCUCAGCCAGCGGCUAGCUUCAGCCCACCACCGGUGCACCAACUGAUAAGGAACGACAAGACUGAAAAGCCCCCGACGGUGUCCGUUUCGAGCGCGCCGACGUUCUCGCCGGUCCUCAGGCCCGAGGACGGCCAUCGCGGAAUGGACUCGCCUCAUUCGCAAACGGGAUUGCACUCGCCGCACGAAGGACUGGCCGGUGGUUCCGGUCAGAGUAUGUCCGGGCUCGCCUACUAUCAGCCGGAGCACCCUGCCUCCGCGGGGGUGGUCAAGUACCCCGAGAACGGUCACGACACCCUCUCGGACUUCGUCACGUUCGUCUGCCAGGAGGCCGAGAAUACUCAGCAACUGCCCCAGAACGGGACGGUACUCUGCGACCUGCAUCGUCAUCCGUGUUCCAAUCGCCCUGGAUUCUACGAGCCUAAUUCGCCUAUGGUAGAGUUGGCGCAGCUAGCCGGACCCCGCACUGGUAUACAAAAGUUCUCUCAGUAUUAUCCGAGCUCGAUGUUGCCGCCACCUCCGCCGGCCCCGAUGGCGAGGCCGGUCGCGAUAAUCAGGUCGACGGGCGAAUUAACGGCGACGAGUUCGAACUCACCCCCGACAUCCUCGACGUCGCCGACGGACCCGUCCGAGCUGGCCCCGAGUCAGGAACAAAUGGCUGCCGCCGCGGUGGGCCUCGUUGGAUCCGGCUGCCAGAGCUCCGUCGAUCCCGCCGGGAGGAAGAGUCCUGCGAGGAUUCUCGUCACCGCACCCCACACCAGCCGGGAAUACACCUUUGCUCAUUUCCACUCCCAACCUGGACAGCAAAUAUUCACCUACCCCACGAUCAGCUCCAUGUCGGGGGUGAUCUCCCCGACGAACCUCUCCCUGUUCUCGUCGCCCGUGUCGGUGACGAGGCCGGUGGCGACCCAGAGAUCGGUCUCGAACGUGCCACCCCGUUGGAACACGGCGCCGUUCAUCAACCUGGAGGACGACUACAACAUGAUCGCCCCUAUCAUCACUGGAACCGCCAGCGAGCCGCCCUCCGCCAUGGACGAAGAACGAUACUUCCACCCGGUGCACACGAGCAGCGUGGUGGACAAGAGCGGCGGUAGCAUGAUGGGUACGGAGCUGGGCGUGGCCGGGGACCCGACGUCGCAUCACCACCAGUCGCAGCAGGCCCAGCAGCAGGCUCAGCAGCCGCAGCAACAGCAACAGCAGCAGCAGCAACAGCCGAACCAGCAACAGCAACAAGUGAUGCAAGACAAAAGCGGCAGACCGAAGUCUUCCCCGUGACACUGGAGGCUCAGACCGGAAAGUCUCGAGAAGCUCGCAUGUUCCACGGGGUCGUUACUCGCCGCCCCGUACGACAACAACAACCCCGAGCCGCCACAGCCGCAGCAGCAGCAGCAGCAGCCGCAGCCGCCGGACGGGAAUCGCCAGGAUUCCUCGUGUCGUGUUCACCUUCGCGACCAAAGCCCGCGGAGAAUCGAGUGCCUGAGAGUCUGAUCGUAGUUUAAGCCCUUAGCCGCUGAGGGGCCGAGGGACUUCCGGGUCAGCGGGAACCGGAGGCCUGGCCUGCCAGAACCGUGAGCCAAAGGAUCGCCACGCGAAAAGAUCGCCGCCGAUUCGUAACGGACCUCCAACUCGGCGCCAAUGUCUCGACCCUCUGAGGAAUUCGAACGGGAUAGCGCCUACGCCCUUGUCCGAGCUUCCUUCACCCUCCUUUGGACCCCGGAAUUCGUCCUCGACUUCCCGGUACACGAUUCGAGAAGGAAACAGACACCCUCUUCGGCGACUUCUGCCUUCAGUUUUCAGAAUUCAGAGGGAAACGAAAACGCGAAACGUUUCCUGUUUCAGGAACAUUGUUCUCCAAGGCAGAAGUCACCUUCUAGGCCUGGGUUAGGUCUCUCUCGGGCCGAUCCUCUAAAAGGGAACAGUUUAAUCCUCUUCGGCGACUUCUGUCUACAGUUCGAUGGAUUCGGAGGGGAAUGAAACGUCAAGCGUUUCCUGCUCCAGGAACAUUGUUCUCCAAGGCAGAAGUCACCUUCUAGGCCUGGGUCAGGUCUCUCUCGGGUCAAUUCUCUAAAAGGGAACAGUUCGAUCUUGUUCGAGGACCUCUUGGUACAUUCCUUUAAGAUUGAAGCUGUCCAAGUGAAAUUCCCUGUCAAGCAUGAGCUAUCGAGUUAUCUAGACUGUUCAGGAUUCUCGUUUUCCAAGAGAAAAAUGUUGUCUUCUGGGUCCGGGUCAGGUAUUUCCCAGGUCGGAGCUCCGAAACGCUAAGAAUUCGAUCCUCUUUGGGGACCUCUGACUCUUUCAUCGAAACGAAAGUGCCCCAACAGUCUAGUUAGCAAUCCCAGCCCAUCUAGAAAUCGGCAUCUAGGUCAGGCCAGGCCUAAAUUCACUUGUCCUUAAUCCCGCAUACUAUUGACACAGAUCUAAAUUGAGUUUUCGAUUCCGAGACACAGAGAUGGUCCAGGCCCAGCCGGUUCGAAGCCCCGACCACCCUCAGAGGGUCAAUUAUUCGGUCAAUUAUUACUCCGCUCCUGAAAGUGCGAAAGCCUCCGCGACCGGAAGCGCGAUCCUCCUCCCUCAGCGUACAAUUCGCGUAACUCUGUGUCUGUCUCUCUCUCUCUCUCUUUUUCUCUCUCAAGCGUCCUGAAGAAGGACCCCUCAUUUCGUCUCCUACCUAACAUGUCGCCGAUCGGUCCCGUCGACCAAAAGCGAUUGUCGAACAAAAAAAGAUAAACAAACGAGUGCCGAUCGUCAAGCAUGAUCGUGCGUGGACGAGAACGAUGACGACGAAGAUGAUGACGACGACGAUGAUGAUGAUGAUGAUAUGAUGAUGACGAUGAUGAUGAUGAUGAUGAUAAU